GUCUUAGCCGCAGUUCUUUCAUAAACAUUGUCCUGUAACGUUAACCUGCAUAAUGGAAGAGGACAGUGGAGAAAGACGGGAGUUACAAAAGGAAGUGACAAUCUGAACUCACCAAAUCAAGUUAAUGGUUAACCAAAUAAUUUGUAGACGGUAUGGGUAAAGAGCACGAAGUGCUUCAAGCUGCUCAAGAUGGAAAUUUGUCAAAAUUAGAGAGCUUGUUUACUCAAAGACAGUCUAAAGUUUUCGCUGGAUUAUUUAAGGGUCCAAACAUCAACUGGAGGGAUGAUUCAGGAUGUACUGCACUUCAUCUUGCUGCUUUAAAUGGUCACAGGGAGGCAGUAAUAUUUCUUCUUCACAAUGAUGCAUCAGCAAACACCCCUGAUAAUGCAGGGAGUUUUCCAUUGCAUCUUGCUGCAUUUAAUGGUCAUCACGAAGUUGCAAAAAUUCUUAUAACAAGAGGACCAUCACAUGCAGUAGUCAAUGAACCGAAUAUGGCUGGCGAUACAGCUUUACAUGUUGCCUCACAAUAUGGACAUAGAUAUGUUGUCCAAGUGCUUCUUGAGAAUCAUGCAGAUGCAUCUCUUCGCAACACAAAAGAAGAAACUGCACUGGAUUUAGCUGCUCAAUACGGACGAUUAUCAACGGUUCAACUGUUUUUGUUUUAUGAUUCUGCUUUGUUGCAAAAUGCUGUGCACAAACACAGCCCGCUACAUUUGGCUGCACGAAAUGGGCAUGAAGAUGUAGUUAAGAUACUUCUUGAUGGUGGAAUGCCAAUUAAUGCCACAUGUGACAUGGGCACAGCUUUGCACUGUGCUGCUCUUUUUGGUAAAGUAAGUGUUGCAAAGUUGCUUUUACAAAGAGGUAUCGAUAUUGACAUAGAAGAUGACAAUGGACAAAACGCUUUAGCAUUAUUAUGUAAGCAUCCAUCACAAAGAUCACAGGAGAUUACAGCUCUUAUAUAUGCUCAGUCAACUGCGGAAUCAGAUGAAAGAGAAAAAACUCGAUCACCUGCUGCCUCUUAUAGCGGGGUUCAGUUUGAAGUAGUGGAGGCAAAGCGGCAUAAUUCCGAACGUGUAGGCGCUAUCACAAAAAACAAAGCAGUAAGACCUGCUGGCUAUGAUAUUGUUCCUCCACCACGGCCAAGACCAAAAGAUUUGGAUGCAGAUAAUGAUGAUGAAAAUAAUGAUAAAUCUGAACGUACAUAUUCUUUAAUUCAUGGCCCUGUGUUAGCCGAGGACGGAAUAAGUAAUGCCGCUGAUGAAAAUUUUGAUUUAGCUUCAAUUACUCCACUUAAAAAUGACAAAAAUGAAUCCUUCUUUGAUGGCGACAGAAAUUCAAAUUCACCAAAAGGAGAUUAUUGUCUUGUUGGAGAUGUGCAGUCUAUUGCCCAAUAUCGUAAACAAACAGAUGGAGUAAAGCAGUUUCGUAGAUUAACUCUUGAUAGACCUACUGAAAAAAGUUUGAAACAAAGCCGAAUUUCUUCUAAAGACAUAGAUGAUGGAACAUAUUGUGUAUUAUCACCUCAAAUUCCAAAUAAUAAUAAUGAUAAUGUACAAAAUAAUGUUGAAUUCUCAUCUAAGCCCUUAACAAGCAGAUCUAAGACUGAUUCAUUCACACGUCCCAAGCAAACAAGAACGUCAGAUAAUGUGUAUCGCACUUCACUGCCCCCAAAUAGUGUAUAUCAAGCACCGCUAUCCUCAGACGCUGUGUAUGAAACACCACCAUCUUCAGAAAGCAUUUAUCAGAUACCACCGUCUUCAUUCUUUGAACAAAGAACUUCUCGAACAUCUAUACCAGAUUUUCCACCCCCUUCUCCUCGUACAGCAGAAAAUCUUAUCGGUGAAGCUUUUCAGCCAUCACAAAACACAGGUGAAAGAGAACGUUCCAUUGGAAGUAACAAUAUAAAACAUAAUAGGACCAUGAAAAUGCGUAGUCAAACUUUACCAACAAACGUUCCCUCACAACAAGGGGACAUGUAUGACAACGUUAACAUCAAUAAUGCAUUUGCACAACAAGACACGUAUGAUAAUGUUAACCUUAGCAAUUCCCCGGCACCGUCUCUCAGUUAUGAUAAUGUUAACAUUACAAAUAGACCCGAACAAACUGAUGCAACAAAUUUUACUUUAACUGAAGAUAGCUACUACCAGGCACCACCAUGUACCAUAUUGAAAGAAAAACCUACUGAUCUGUUUGAAAAGAAACCUGUAAACCAAACACAGCAAUACACAUCGGUGAAGACAAAAAGCAUGAAACAAAAACGAACCGGCACUCUAGUCAACCGAGAAAUCUCCAUUGAAGAUAUAGAUGAAAACAAAGAAAUUGUCAAAAGCAAACCAAAUGCACAGGAGGAAGUUAACAAAGAUGUUGGGCCAGUAGAAGUAGAAAAAAGUGAGGUGGACCAACCAGUUCCUAAGCCAAGAAAAGUUAAGCAAAAUCGGACGUCUGUGAAAAGUAUUAGUACUGGCUAUAGAAUGAGUUCCAUAAACCAACAAGUACCGUUGGAUGAAAGUUAUGAGUGGAACAAGAUUGACAGUUUCCUAUCUGAUUUGGAAAAAUUUGCUGAAUCACCAAAAGAGGAAGACAACCAGGUACCUGGUGUCAUGUCCACUGAUAGUGUUGCUGCAUGGCUUUCAUCACUUAAUCUUGUGCAGUAUGAACCGAUGUUUCUCACCAAUGGAUUUGAUGAUAUGGACUUUUUGGGUGGUUCUCUGGAAGAUCAAGAUUUGAUUGAACUAGGCAUUCUUCAUUCUGAACAUCGAAAAAAACUAAUUGAAGCAUCCAAUUUUCUUGACAAACCUCCAGUAAUUGGUGAUGAUAACUUUCCGAUUCCAACAUCAGUUGGAGAAUGGCUAACCAAACUGAAACUUGGUGCUUAUGAGGAGCGUUUCAUUUAUAAUGGUUAUGGAAACAUUGACCGUGUCAGAGUAAUCUGGGAAUUGGAACUUGUCACCGUGCUUGAUAUAACAACACUCGGCCAUCGCAAAAGAAUGAUCAACUCACUCGGUCGAAGACCGGCGGUUAUAAAAUCUGAUAUAUCUUGGGCUAAAAAGUUUGCAGAUGCUGAUGCUGGUAAAAGGAAGAGUGCUUUCCUUGAUAACUCCAUGGAAUACGCUCAACAGCUAUUGAAGACUGCAGAAGGCUUGAAGAAGGAACGAGCGCAGCGCCAGGCUUCAAGGGGUGACAGUGUUGAUGAACCAGUGUUUAAAGAAGAGCAAGCCGCUACUGAGAGUUCCACUGCUCCGCACAACGUCAUUACUACCUCUCCUCAGACGCAACAAAGUGUCGGCAGGGAACAUCAUUGGAAGCAUAAUGCAGACCUGCUAUUGUAUGAAUCGGUGUCCUACAAAACACAGUACCUUGGUUCGCAUCCCGUCCAAAUUGUUAAAGGUGUCUCUUCAACUUUAGAUGCGUGUGCAAAAAUGAAGGCAAUUAGCAAAAAUGUGCACAAGAUGCCUACCAUAUCGUUGUCAAUUUCUGUCCGUGGUAUUGAUUAUAUUGAUUCGAAUAGCAAGAUGAUCAUCAGUCAAUACCCGAUUAACCACAUUUCAUUUUGCGCACAAGAUCCUGGUGAUUCGCAUGUCAUUGCUUACAUAACAAGAGAUCAGCACACACGAAAGAACUAUUGUCACGUGUUUCGGACAGAUUCCGCGGACUUGUCUGAUGAGAUUGUGAUGACAAUAGGGCAGUGUUUUGAGCUUGCUUAUGAACAACAUGUGGCGAUGCUGGAGAUUAAGAAAACUAAAGAAACGAAUGAGAAAGCAGCAGAAAUAAAGUCCAAGUCUUCGAAGACUCCAAUAAUUCCAGAGAGAAAACCAAGAGAGCCACCUCCCAAACCGAUUCCGUAUGCCGAAAGAAUGAUGCUGAAGAAUAGUCAAAAAUGAAGCAACCUUAGAGCCACUUACGAGGUGACGAAAGAAUAAAAAACCGGACGACAAGGUAUACCAUCAAAUGCACUUCCGUAAAUUUAUAACUGCGGUCACAGUAUCCACUAAAGUUUAUUGUCCAUUCAUUUCGUCCUGGAAAGCACACCGUGUCUCCUGACCUUCAAACCGGACGCGAUUUUUUUCCCUUUCAUAAGGGCUAGCUAAUAGCUCAAUGACACUGAUCAUGGCAAUAACGUGGUGAGGUGUCUUCUGAAUGACGAUCAGUAAUCGAAACAAAAAUAAAUUUGCCCACCGGAAAUGUUAGUGUAAUUAUUGUUUAACUAAAAGUUAAUAUUAUUAUUAAGCAAUUGAAUCUUUUUAGAGAGCAUUUAUAUUAUUAUAUUAUUGUACUUAUAUUUUAAUACUGAAUUGAUACGAGAGUUUCCGAAUGUGUGUUUAUAUUUUCGAAGCGAAAAAUUGUAACUUGAUGAUGAUCCGAUAAAUCGAGGUUUCUUUUAAUUUAUAGAAAUCUAUAGCUAUAUUUUGUUAAAGUAUUUUUGAGUGUUAAUUCAACUUCAAGAUACAUAUCCAAUGAGAAAUGAGUCUUUAGGACCAAUCUUCUUUUUACGCAUAUUUUUCUCUCUCUUUCCGUUGUAUAUUUUGUGAUGAUAAAUGCAAAUAUACAGUUAAUUAUUUAAAGAAAGAUGAUUAAAAAAGAAAAGAAAGAAAAAAGCGUGCGUGACUCAUUUCUGGUGAGUCAUGUGAUUCACUACUUUGCUGUCAAUUCAUUCUGUCAAGCGCCUUGCAAUUAUGUAUACGUGUGCGUGCUUGUUCAUAAUUAUUUUUCCACAUUAUUUCUGUUUGUUUCUUAUAUUUAGCCUAUUUUUAAGAAGUGGUCUCACCAUGCCACCCCCAACCCUCAUGACCUUCUCUGCCUAUAUUUGAUUUAACGUACACUAAAUCUUCGUUUCCAUUAAACUUUUGUCCAAGGCUUAUCUUUGCUUACUGUUUUGUUUUUGAGUGUACUCAAUAGUUUGACUUUUUACGUGUUUUUUUUUUUCACAUGCGCAAGAUUCCAUACAUCUAUAACGCGUUCUUAUUAUUUGUGUGUAGAUAUAAUAGCAUACUUAUUGUAUUUUAAUUUUCUUAUAGUUUUUACUGAUUUUACAUACCUUUUUUUAUAUUUCUACGUAAAAUAAAGUUCUAAAAAGUUGCACAA